AUGUCCACGGCAAACCAGUCCGUCCAACACGGCGACCGAAAAGCGCAAAUGGAACCCCCAAUCAAGAAGCGACGGAUAACUGAUACAAUAAUCUCGCUUAAAGAUGCCCGAGUGAAGCUGUCAACUGUUGAAAGAGACUUUGAUACCUUAGAGGCCACACACGCUCAAUGCCCGUACUGGAUCCAGAAGAACGAACAUCUCGUCGUGAUGUUGGAGGAUCAUUGCGAAAGUCUUGAAUCGGAGCUGGGCAUGGGUUAG